AUGCAUAUGUUUCCAUUUGGUCAUGUUGUAUACAUGCCUUUAUCAUCAUCAUCAUCACCAACAACAACUUUAUUAGGACCUAUAUCAACAGAUUUUUCACCUUCAUCUAUAAUUCCUUUAUAUAAUACAACAUUUUUAAAUAAUCCAUUUAAUUUAUACACAAAUACAAAGUUUGAAUAUAAUGUUCAUCGACAAAUAUUACCUCAUAGAUUUAAACGUAUACGUGAUGAUUUUCAUGAUAUACAAGAUAGAAAACGUACUAAAUUAACACCAACAAUUAAUAAUAGUUCAUCAACAUUAUCAAAAAAUGCACUUAUGUUAUUACAUGAACUUAAACCUUCAAUUGAAUAUAAACUUAUUGCACAAACAGGUCCAUCUCAUCGACCUAUGUUUACUAUGGCUGUUGAAAUUAAUGGACAAGUAUUUAAAGGUACAGCUCAAACAAAGAAAGAAGCUAAACAAGCAGCUGCUGAAAAAGCACUUCAAUCAUUUUCUCAAUUACCUUUUUCAUUAUUUGAUAAUUUAACAAAUAUAAAUAAUAAUCUAUCAAAUAAAUCUAUUGAAAAUAAUAAUAAUAAUAAUCAAUCAAAUAUUUCUGAAUCAUAUGAAAAUCAAAAUCCAUUUUAUAUUCUUAAACAACUUAAACAAAAUUUACAAUGUGAAGAAAUUACAAAUGAAAUAAUAACUGAACAAAAUGAAUUUAAAUUUACUAUUAUUAUUGAUGAUCAACGUUUUAUUGGUAUAGGACAAAAUAAAAAUAUAGCUAAAACAAAAGCAGCACAACGUGCUUUAGAAAAAUUAUUUGGUAUGUGUUUUCAUAAAGAAGAUAGUCUUCCAAAUAAUCUUCCUUAUUCUCGUCAAACUCUUGCUGAUCAUAUUGCAUUAUGUAUUCAAGAAAAAUUUAAACAAUUAACACAAAAUAAUAUACGUCUUCAACGACGUAAAGUUUUAUCUGGUAUUGUUCUUUUACAUAAUUAUAAUCUUGAAACAAUGGAAAUAAUUUGUAUAACAACAGGUACAAAAUCUAUUAAUAAUAAUAAUAAUAAUAAUAAUAAUCGUUUAAUACGAAAUGGACAAAUAUUACAUGAUUGUCAUGCUGAAAUAUUAGCACGUCGUUGUCUUAUUUAUUAUUGUUAUAAACAAUUAAAAUUAUUUUUUAAUGAAAAAUAUAAUGAAACAAUAUUUGAAAAAAUUUCUAAUACAAAUCAUUUUCAACUUAAAUCAUCAAUUACUUUUCAUUUAUAUAUUUCAAUAGCUCCAUGUGGUGAUAGUCGAUUGAUAUCACAACAAGAUAUAAAAAUAGAAAAAUCAUCAUUUUUAAAUAUAAAUCAAAAUUUCAAAUCUUCAUUAAAAAAAUCUUAUGGAUUAUUACGAAGAAAAAUUGAAGUAGGUGAAGGUACAAUACCUAUUUUAGCUAAAACUAUAUAUCAAAAUGUACAAACAUGGGAACGACAUUUAACAAUGUCUUGUUCAGAUAAAUUAUGUCGAUGGAAUUUUAUUGGUUUACAAGGUGCUUUAUUAAGUACAUUAAUUAAUCCAAUUUAUUAUACUAGUAUUAUCAUAGGAAGUCUAUAUCAAAGUGAACCUAUUCGACGAGCAUUAUUUUCUCGAAUAGAAGAUAAAGUAUAUAAUAUUCCAACACCAUACGGUUUACAACGACCAUUUAUCUCAGAUAUCACCAAACCAGAAAUACGAAAUACGACACGAUCACCAAAUCAUGCAUUUAUAUGGAAUUCUAUUGAUCAAAAAUGUGAAAUUAUUGAUAGUUUAAGUGGAUUAACAAUAUCACGUGAACCAUCAAUGAUAUCAAAAUUAGCUUUAUUUCAUCAAUGGAUAAAUUUAAUGAAUAAAAUUAAAUCAGAAAGAAUACCAACGAUUUAUUAUGAUGCUAAACAAUUAGCUGUAGAUUAUCAAACAGCUAAAAAUAAGGUUAAUCAAGCAUUUGAAAAUUGUGGAUUUGGUCUAUGGAUUAAAAAAUCAAAUCAACAAGAUGAAUUUGGUUUAUCAUUGGCUGAUGCAUCGUUAUCUUCUCAAACAAAAUAA